UCUCGACUACAAUAUACAUGUUUAUUCAAGUACACAACGUCGUAUUUUCGUUUAUCGUGUCUUGCGUCGGGCUAUGCCGAAUAAAAUGAAGAAAGACAAAGACUCGAAGACCGCUGGCAACGAAGGAUCUGGAGACAAUGGUGGCAGUGGAGACGAGGUGACCAAGCCCUCGGGGCCGCCGAGCGUGCCGCCCCCGGCGCCGCCUGCGCCCGGCGCGGCGCCCAGCAACGCCCCACCGCCGCCCCCGGCCCAGAUCAACAAACUCAAGCUGGCUGGACCACCGCACAACCUCAAGAACAAGGACAAGAGGCAGAGCUCGUCGCGCUUCAACAUCAGCAAAAACCGUGAACUGCAAAAACUUCCCUCCCUGAAAGAGGCCAGCACCGCUGACAAGGAGCAGUUGUUCAUUGAGAAGCUGCGCCAGUGUUGCACUCUCUUUGACUUUGUCACCGACCCUCUGUCUGACCUAAAAUGGAAGGAGGUGAAAAGGGCGGCCCUCCACGAGAUGGUGGAGCACGUCACCUCUCAGAAGGGAGUCAUCACCGAGUCAGUCUACCCAGAGGCUGUUGCCAUGUUCGCAGUUAACUUGUUCAGGACUCUGCCCCCGUCAAGUAACCCUAAUGGUGCCGAGUUUGACCCUGAGGAGGACGAACCCACCUUGGAGGCCGCUUGGCCCCAUUUGCAGCUAGUCUAUGAGUUCUUCCUCAGAUUUCUGGAAUCUCCAGAUUUUCAGCCAUCCGUAGCUAAAAGACACAUCGACCAGAAAUUUGUCAUGCAGCUGUUGGACCUUUUUGACUCUGAAGAUCCUCGUGAGCGAGACUUCUUGAAAACAACCCUGCACAGGAUUUACGGCAAAUUCCUCGGUCUGCGCGCAUACAUCCGCAAGCAAAUCAACAACAUUUUCUACAAGUUUAUUUACGAGACAGAACACCACAACGGAAUCGCCGAGUUGCUAGAAAUCUUGGGCAGUAUCAUCAACGGCUUUGCCCUGCCUCUGAAAGAGGAGCACAAAGUGUUUCUGCUCAAGGUGCUUUUGCCCCUGCAUAAAGUCAAGUCCCUGUCCGUAUACCACCCCCAACUGGCCUAUUGUAUAGUUCAGUUCCUUGAGAAGGACCCAAGUCUCACAGAGCCCGUCAUCAUGUCCCUUCUCAAGUUUUGGCCUAAGACGCACUCUCCUAAAGAGGUCAUGUUCUUGAAUGAGCUUGAGGAGAUAUUAGAUGUCAUUGAACCCGCUGAGUUCCAAAAAGUGAUGGUCCAUCUGUUCCGACAACUUGCUAAAUGUGUUUCAAGCCCUCACUUCCAGGUGGCAGAGAGGGCACUGUAUUAUUGGAACAAUGAGUACAUAAUGUCUUUAAUAAGUGACAAUGCACCAACGAUUUUGCCAAUCAUGUUCCCGUCACUGUACAGAAAUUCUAAAUCUCAUUGGAACAAGACUAUCCACGGUCUGAUUUACAAUGCGCUCAAGCUUUUCAUGGAAAUGAAUCAGAAGCUGUUUGAUGAAUGCACACAAAACUAUAAGCAGGAGAAAGCAAAGAGAGAAAAAGAAAGAGCAAAGGAAAGGGAGGAGGCAUGGAUUCGGGUGCAUCAGUUGGCAAAACAGAAUUUCCCUGAGUUGCCCAUGGCUGAACUCGGCACCUUUGACUUUGAACCUGCCACGGGAGAUAUUCCAGACAUGGACGAUAUCAACUAUGACAAAUUCGAAAUGGAGUCCAGAGAGGUUCGCCCUACUGUACGCAACAAAGAGAAGCCACUGCUCAGGAGGAAGUCUGAGUUGCCUCAUGACACUUACACCAUCAAAGCCUUGAUCGACCACCAGCGCGCAGAUGAAUACCUGACUACACCACCGGACGUCAACAAGUGCUAGGCCAGCCAGCUUUGUAUGUAUUGUGAUUACAAGACAUUCCACCUCUCAGCAAAGUUAAGCGAAGAUGUUAAAACAAGAGAAGAAAAAGAAGCGCAUCAAGUCUUAGGAGCAAAUGUGUGUGGUGCCUGAUGCUGAGCUGUUUUUUUGGAUCUGGGACGUUGAUUGAUUGAUAAUAGUCGACACUGCAUUCUAUUCUACAUUUCUUUACUGCGGGUCACAGUGAUUCCCUUUUAUGAAAAUGUUCGUUUAUGGUGCUUUCGAAGUGAUUAUAGUAUACAUCAAAUGAAAAUAGUUACAAAUUGGAUGGAUCUAAAGUAUUAGGUACCUAAACGCACUUACUUGUUUGUUAGUCAAUGGAAAUUAAUUGUUGUGAAUCAAAACGUUAUUAGCAGCUGGAUGCCUUGAGAGAGAAAAAAUUGCAAAUUUGUCGUUUAGAAUGAUGGCCCGUCAUCAAGAAGUUAUUUUAUCUUAAUUUCAGCAGUAGGAUAUGUACCAUAAUAGUGUCAGUAUUGUUUAAAGAACUAUUUCAUCUGCUGUUAAACAUAAUAGGAGUUAUAAAGAUGGAAAGUGACGAACAUUAAAAGAUAUAAAUAUUGUACCAAGCA